AUGACCGAGCAAAAGUUUACCGUCUCAUGUCUUCAUGGCGAUAUGGAGCAAAUGGAACGUGACAUUAUCAUGCGAGAAUUCCGUUCAGGAUCGUCAAGGGUAUUGAUCACCACAGAUCUUCUCGCUCGUGGUAUCGAUGUGCAACAGGUUUCGCUUGUCAUCAACUACGAUCUGCCAUCAAAUCGCGAGAACUACAUUCAUCGUAUCGGUCGAUCAGGUCGUUUUGGCCGGAAAGGAGUGGCUAUCAAUUUCAUCACAGAUCAGGAUGCAAGACAGCUGAAAGAUAUUGAAUGUUUCUAUAAUACCUCUAUUGAAGAGAUGCCAAUGUCAAUUGUAGAUAUGCUGUAA